CUCUCAACAACCUCAAUCUCUUCACUUUCACUCUCACAAUACCUUUCUUCACCUUCUUCUUGGCCCAUUGUUGAUGUCUUAUUGCUUGUUAUGAGCCUUAGAUUUCUUAGUGGCAAAUUCAAGAUUUUGAAUUUUAAUUGUUAUCAUCCUUUCCCCUAGUUCUUGGCAUUCCUGGUACGCCAGGUUAUGAGCGCCCUAUUAUAGAAAUGGAGAACUCAAGAUUUCUACCUUGCAGGCCCCUGAUUGUUUUAUUAUGUUUAUUGGUUAUUUUGUUGAGACCCAAUAUUUCCUUGGCCGCACCAGGCCCGCAUGAUGAAGAUGCUGAUGUUUCAGUAGAAGAUCAUCAGAGUGGUGAGAAUAAUGGUGGUGGUGCCACUACUCUUGCGGCUCCUGAAGUUGAUAGAUCGGAGCUUUGCAAUAUCGAUACGAGUAGUUUUCUUCCUCCGCCAUACAGCAAUAUAUCAGGCAUGGUCUGCGCACCGGUUUGGAACACUUUCAUUUUGAGGUAUCACAAGAGAGAAGAGAACUUGGUGACCUUUAUAUUAUCUGCUGUAUUCACCACCGGAUGGGUAGGAAUUGGGUUUUCUAAAGAUGGAAUGAUGGUUGGCUCCAGCGCUAUGGUGGGAUGGUUUAACAAGGAAGGUCAUGCGAGAAUCAAACAAUUCUAUUUACAAGGUGCUCGGCCAUCACAAGUCAUAGCAGAUGCAGGUGAAUUGGAUCUCACGAAAGUUCCACCUGCUGUUGUGCUUCAUGGACCCAUGAUUUACUUGGCAUUUCAAGCCAAGUUUGAAAAAACUCUUACUCGCCAACCUAUCAUAUUGGCUUUUGGAACAAAAUAUCCAAAACACCACCGUUUAUCCAUUCAUGAUGAUAAGACCACCAUUCUCUUCGACUUCUCUGCAGGUUCUGCUUCUUCCGGGUAUGCAAAUCCUGGGCAGAUGAAGAAGAAUCACGGUAUAUUGGGUAUCUUCGCAUGGGGCCUGCUCCUUCCUGUUGGAGCAAUUGUUGCAAGAUACAUGAAGCAUAAAGAUCCACUUUGGUAUUAUCUACAUGCAGGUAUUCAAUUUGUGGGAUUUCUCUUUGCCCUAGCUACUGUGGUUCUUGGACAACAACUCUAUUCUAAAAUUAAUGCCAGAAUACCAGCACAUAGAUCCAUAGGGAUCUUCGUUCUUACCCUCAGUAUUCUUCAGAUAUUGGCGUUCUUUCUACGGCCCAAGAAGGAUGUCAAGAUCCGCAAGUACUGGAAUUGGUAUCACGGCUGGUUUGGAAGGAUUGCCCUCUUCUUUGGAGCUCUAAAUGUGGUGUUGGGAAUCCACGCAGGCUCUGCAGGGAUUGGAUGGAAGAUAUGCUAUGGGUUUCUAAUUAGUACGAUAUUAGUCACAGUUAUUAUCCUAGAGAUAUUGUCUUGGAUGUGGAGAUCAGAAACUACUCCACCUCCUUCCUUCCAAAUGAAUCCAAUCUCGUAAACAAAUUUAAGGGUGACCACGGUUGUUGCAGAAUUUUGACCUGAAAGAAAUGGUAAGAAGCGUUCAAUUGUGUGCCAGUUAUUCUUUUGUCUGAGAAGGCCAAAAUGCUUUGCCAAACUGCAUUGUGGUUCAAUUUUGGACCUGACCUGAACCUGAGUAAACUUUACAACCUGUUCCUUAUGUUGACUGUUUCAGUGUGAAUGCUAGGGAUGUUAUUCGAUGACUGGAUAUAAUUGUUUGUCAAACUGGAGCAACCAAGUUUCGGCUUUUCUGGGUUUUUUUUUUUUAAAAAAAAAAAUACUAAACAGUGAGCUUCCUUUUUUCACGUUAUGCGCUUGCAUAGUUA